GCAACUCGGGUUGCAAGUCGAAGACAGCUGUAAUUCAAAACGAAAAGAAUCAGUCACAACAAUGAUUUUAGUUAAUCAGCUUCGCUGGAAGAUUGACAUUUAAACCGUAAUCGCGUCACAUGACAUGAGGGAAAAAGAGACAAACGAAGAUCGAUGCGAUCGGAGAUGCGAAAGGGAUGAUGCACAGCAGGAAGUUGGAUGUACGGGAGUCAAACAGCUGUUUGACAGAUGGAGGCCCUGCGCGUUGGCUCGGCUCAGCUCGGCCUCGCUCGCUCGCUCGCUCGCUCGCUGGCUGGCUGACUGGCCCGACGACCUUGACCCAUCAACCUCUUCGAAGAAGCAGAGAGAGACGCGAGGUGGGUGGGUGCGUGCGUGCGUGACAAACUCACUCACCGAUGCGCCAUAUCCUAGUGGGCGCCGUCAUUCUGUGCGCGGAUGGCAGUGGCGGUGGCGGCUUCUCGACGACGACAACGACAACGAUAACAACGACAACGACGACGACGACGACGACGACAACGACAACGAUGAUGAUGACGAUGACGAUGACGACAACGACAACGGUGGCACCGCGUUACGGAUACACGGCACGGGACGGAACGGAGCAGCACCAAGUGCUGCUGUGACAGGUGCGCGCGUAUAAUGCACGGCAACGAUGACGAGAACGGCACGGCGGAAAUGUACGCCGCUAUUUCCACGAUGCUCGCGCGACAAAGUUGCAGAGUCACCGUAGGAGCAGCCACCGCCGUGGAAGCGGUCCUCCAUUAACGAUGCUUCACAGGCACGACCGCCCACACGUAGUCGAAGGAGAGCGAGAGUAUGAGAGAAAUAAAGAGAUCGGGAGAAAGAGGGGGAAAGAGAGAGAGAGAGAGAGCGAGAGAGAGAGAUGAAGGAAGUGAAGAAUGUCGCGCGGAUGGAAUGUCAAAAUUCAUAACAUCACUGACUGAUCCUGCUGAUUUGUUGUCGAACUUGGACGUGUCCACACGCAUGAUAUCGUUGAUCAGAAAGGAUAAAAUACACGAUAG